AUGCGCCCUUCCAGCCUCCUGAUCUGCCUUGGUAUCUGGCUUCCAUCAUGUGUUUCUGAGCUUGAAUUCGGUAAUUAUCGAUGCGGUAAUGGCGUCACGGUCAGAGACUACAACAUUCGGAUGGCAUUUGUAGCAGCUCAAAGGAGGAUAUCUGGGUUAAGUGCAAAUGAACAUCAAGUUCUACAAGAUCUGUUGUACACUGGAGUUUUAGCGCGCAGUGCUAAUGAAGCUUUAUACCAAUGGGAGGUGGACGUGCCAGACAGUAGUGGAUCUUCAAAUUAUCGUUACAAGUAUAAAAUAACUUUCAACGUAUCAUAUGAAAUUCGUUGGAUUAUUUAUUAUCGAGAAAAUGGGAAUACGUUUACUGAGGUUGAUUGUUGUACUAGGUUGUGA